GUAGCACGUUAUAGACAAUGUGGUAUAGGGGAAUGCUAAUUUGAAUCCUUAGAAUUACUUGUAGUAUUGUGGGAGUUGGACUUAUGGGUAUUAAUGGGUAAGUGUUGAUGCAUUAUGCAAGUUAUGUGUAAUUUCGAUCGAUAUUCAGUGCACAAUAGGCUGCAUUUGGGAUGCCAAAAAGAUGAAAUAAACUGAUGGGUAAUUGGGGUGUUUGAACAAAGCAUUCCGCUACAGCAAAUCAAUCGAGCUGUAUAUUUUUUAUAUUUAUUAGUUUCAUUAUUUAUAAAUGAAUAUUUAAUAGGUUAAAUAUCCAAAAUUCAAUAACCAUAAUCCUGCAAUAUAUCAAGCCAAUAGUUUCAGAAAUUUCCGAAUGUACACAUACACAUAACAAAACCAUAUUGAGGAGUUUAUUGUCGGGUAACAAAGGCAGACUGACCCCGUAUACUCCUACCUGAGACCGUGCAUCGGGUCUAACGUGGUUGUAAAAUAGACGAUGUUUAGGUAAAAUCUGGGUACAAGACCGUAUUAUCUCCCGAUCGAGCGCAGGCGUACGGUUUCCCAUCCAUCGGGAUACCGUUCCCGGGGAGAGAAACUCUCUCGACUCGCCAUUAGCCGUACACCGACGGGAACGGUCGGUUAUCAAUUCGCCGAAUGUUUUAAUUUUAGGUACAUACGCGAGCGCUCCUUCGGAUCGAAAAUUACUGGCGUCGGAAAAAUAAAAAUACUGGCCGUUAUCGGCUCCGGUUGACUAUUAUUUCUCGCGCUCGAGUGAAACUUUGGCUGUUGUCGAUUGUUGAAAAAUGUUGCGUUCUAUCGAAAGUGAGUUUAAAGUUGUGGAAAAUUCGUUUGCGGGAACGCCAGGACGCGAGGGAAUCGACUACUAGGGCCGUAUUCAAGAAGCUACCAAGACCAAUGCCUGCCCGGAAGGGGCUGUUGGCGCCCCAAAACACCUUCCUGGACACUAUAGCAACGCGAUUCGAUGGAACCCACAGCAAUUUCGUGUUGGGCAACGCUCAGGUGCCCAGCAUCUACCCCAUCGUCUACUGCUCGGACGGAUUCUGCGAGCUGACCGGCUUCGCCAGGGCGCAGAUAAUGCAGAAGGGAUGCGCCUGCAAGUUUCUCUACGGGCCGGAGACCAAGGACGAGCACAAGACGCAGAUCGACAAGGCGCUCGAGUCCAAAAACGAGCUCAAGCUCGAGGUUAUUUUUUACAAAAAGAACGGUACUCCUUUUUGGUGUUUGUUGGACAUAGUACCGAUAAAGAAUGAGAAAAGGGAAGUGGUGCUGUAUUUGGCGUCUCACAAGGACAUCACCAAUACCAAAAUGGCGGAGAUGUCGGAGUGCGAGCUCUACGAUAGCGCACUGUACUCAAUGUUCCAUAAAUGUGCGCAAGUGAAUUAUAUGUUGUGCACAGCGGCCGUAUUGGGGGCCCGAUUCCGCGGUUCCGCUGACUCUUGCCUCCUUGCAGACGCCAACGGCAAUUUGGACCCGGAAGCGCCGCCGGCCAACUACGGGCGCCGCAGGUCCAGGGCGGUGCUCUACCAACUGUCCGGCCACUACAAACCGGACAAGGGCAUGAAGGGCAAGCUCAAGCUCAACAACAAUUUGCUCAGCUCGACGGCGGCGCCGCUUCCGGAGUACAAGACGGCGUCGGUGAAGAAGAGCCGCUUCAUCAUCUCGCAUUACGGCAUGUUCAAAAGUGCCUGGGAUUGGUUGAUCUUGAUAGCUACGUUUUAUGUAGCCGUCGUCGUUCCGUACAAUGCCAGCUUCGAAACGGAACGACCCUCCGUCGUUUUAGACGUCUUUGUUGAAGCCUUAUUUUUUAUAGAUAUUCUACUAAAUUUUCGCACGACUUUCGUAAAUCGAAAGGGAGAAGUCGUUUCGGCUUGGAGAAUCAUAGCUCUCAAUUAUUUAAGAACUUGGUUCGUCGUCGAUCUGCUGGCCGCCCUUCCGUUCGAUUUGCUCUACGCCCUCUACGGAGCCGAGAGCUCCGGAACGCUGUCGAGCUCCCACACGCACCUCAUCAAACUCACGAGGCUACUGCGAUUGGCCAGGCUCCUCCAGAAAAUGGACAGAUAUUCCCAAUACAGCGCCAUGAUACUCACCCUGCUCAUGCUCUUCUUCACUUUGGUGGCCCAUUGGUUGGCCUGCAUUUGGUACGUCAUCGCCGAAAAAGAAGUCGACACCGAUCUCGGCUGGAUACAUACUUUAGCGGAAAGGCUAAAGCUCCCUCACGCCUAUAACGUGACGAGCCUGGACGCCUACGUCACGGCGCUCUAUUUCACCUGCUCGAGCCUGACCAGCGUCGGUUUCGGCAACGUCAGCGCCAACACGACGUACGAGAAAAUAUUCAGCAUAUGCGUCAUGCUGAUAGGAGCGUUGAUGCACGCCGUGGUUUUCGGUAACGUGACGGCCAUUAUACAGCGCAUGUACUCGAGGAGGUCGCUCUACCAGCAGAAGUGGCGCGAUUUGAAGGAUUUCCUGACGUUGCACCAGAUCCCGAAGGAGCUGAAGCAGAGGAUGCAGGACUAUUUCCAGACGAUGUGGUCGCUGAAUCACGGCAUCGACAUCCACGAGACUUUGAAAGAGUUUCCCGAAGAAUUACGCGGCGACGUGUCCAUGCACCUUCAUCGCGAGAUCCUGCAGCUGCCCAUAUUCGAGGCCGCCUCGCAGGGCUGCCUCAAGCUGCUCUCCCUCCACAUACGCACCAACUUCUGCGCCCCCGGCGAGUACCUCAUACACAAGGGCGACGCCCUCAGCUCCAUCUACUACAUUUGCAACGGCUCCAUGGAGGUCGUCCAGAACAACAUGGUCGUCGCCAUUUUAGGAAAAGGGGAUCUGGUGGGAAGCGAUAUCAACGUGCACCUGCAGUUUUCGACGUGCGGACAGUCGAACGAGAACCAGCAACGUACGUCGAAUUUGAACGACAUAGUGAUAAAAUCGAGCAGCGACGUACGCGCUUUGACCUAUUGCGAUUUGAAAUGCAUACAUAUCCUCGGGCUCAUGGACGUCCUGAAAUUGUAUCCGGAAUAUCAACAACAAUUCGCCAACGACAUACAGCACGAUCUCACGUUCAACGUGAGAGAAGGAUACGAGGCGGAGGCCGAGUCCGACGGCAACGGAAUCCCCUCUCUGACAUUACCCAGCAUCAGCGAGGACGACGAAAACGCUCAAGAAGACGGCGAAACGUCCCCCUUAUCGCCGAACAGAUCACCCCUGCACGCCCUCUCCAACAGCCCCAGGCACGCUAAAUUAAAUUUAAGGUUGCAAGAGUUCCACGAGAGCAUUCGCAGGCCCCGCUUGGGCGGCAUCGCCACCAACCAUCUGGCCAUGCUGCGCCAGCGGGUGGAGAGACAGCGCAGCGUCAACACACCGCACCAUUCGUCCGGCACCAGCUCCAUGGAGGAGAUCAAUUGCGAGCUGAAGAGCGACGUGGAGAACGCGAGGAACGGCGUCGAUAGGCUGGACGAUCAAAUAUCCACGCUGCACCAGGACGUGGCCACUCUCAGCAUGGAGGUGCGUAACGCGAUCCAGGCGCUCCAGGAGAUGGCGACGCCGUCCUCCUGCAGCGCUUCGGUGAUAAACUACUCGGCGCAAUCGAAUCCGAACAUCGCCCAUCUGCACCACAGCCCGUGCGGCAACGGGUUGCUGGCGCGGAGCAAUUCCCAUCCGCCGGAGAUGUUCUGCUGGGAGGCGGGCCCGCCGUCGCCGCCGUUCGUGCCGAUCAGGACGUACGCGGACUCGGGCACGCAGACGGAGUGGAGCUGGCGGCAGUUCGUGGUGGAGAAUCCGAGGCAGGUGCUGGAGAUGCUCGGGCUGGAUCCGGAGAAGGUAGCGGCCGAGAAGAUGGUGAUGAGGAAGAGCCGGAGCGUGCCGGAGUAUCCGGGUCGAACGGGCGAGGGUAGGGAUGCGGGGGAUGCGAAUGAAGAUUUCGGCGGGAAGGCGAACGGGCGAGAGGAGGAGUGUUUAGUCGAUAUCGAAUGCAGUACGUGUGAUAUUAGGGAGGAAUCGCGGCCGUUUUUGUGGCAUAGGGCCGCUAGGAAAGUGCAAAUUUUCGAAAAUAUUAGUAGCAAAAAUUUAAAAUAGUUUCUUCGAAGAGUCGAAAAUGCGCUACAUAUGGGAGUGAUUUUGUUAAUUAUUACUAACAGCCCCGCUAUUAUCACCUACAUCCUCUCUGUGAUUUUAUUUGUUAUUAAUAUUGUAAGUUCGGCUGUUUCAAAUCGAAGUGAUAUGUAAAUAAUGUAUGUGAAUAAGAAUUGAUUGUUGUAUAUAAUAUUAAGUUUAAAUAUUUUUUUGCACGUUUCACUUUGUCAAUUAACAUCUUUUAUAUAGUAAGAUUUUAAUUAUAAAUGUUG